AAGGAAUCCAACUCUCCAGAGCAAACGUGAAGCAAAAGCAUAGUAAAAAAACAACUUUCAAGACCGAAAAAAUCCCUUUUUUUCCAGUUAAUACAGCUAAUCUUCUCAUAUAAAACAUCCAUCCACUUUAUUCCUAUUCCAUGCAGAGGGCGAUCUAUGUUUAUAUAAGACAUUUCACGUUUCUCCAAUGGAAAACCUACGUCUGAAAAAAAAUGGCAAAAUAUAUCGGCUUCCUCGUGUGCCUUUUGAUCAUGAUUAUGGACAUUAUAGCAGGAAUUCUUGGUAUUCAAGCAGAAAUUGCUCAGAACAAGGUUAACCAUCUGAGGGCUUGGAUUUUUGAAUGUAGGGACCCUAGCUACCAAGCUUUCAAGCUUGGUAUGGCUGCAGUGGUACUCUUAAUAAUGGCACAUGUUAUAGCCAAUUUGCUUGGAGGGUGCAUUUUCAUUAGAUCCAGGGAAGAACUAGAUCAAGCUUCACCUAACAAGCAACUGGCAGCUGCAUCCCUCAUCUUGUCAUGGAUUAUGCUGGGUGUUGCAUUUAUACUGCUGAUUUCUGGAACAUUGUCAAACUCAAAAUCAAGAAGAGAUUGCGGAAUAGCACAUCAUUGGCUACUGUCUAUAGGAGGAAUUUUGUGUUUUAUUCAUGGACUCUUUUCAGUUGCCUAUUAUGUUUCUGCUACUGCCUUCAUCCGAGAAGAAAAGAAACUGAGUCAACACGGAAGCCAUGAAAACCAACCAAAUCAAGAUGGAGCCGAGGCCUGAUUUUUCCACUACAAGAUCAUCCGGAAUUAUGUUUCUUGUUUUCUUUUUUACUGAAUUUCAUUGAAUUUUAAUUUCUCAUGUUACUGGGUGACCAAUGUGUUUUUCCCGUCCCUCAGAAGUCUUUCCGAAUGAAUUUCUCACUGUUGGAAAGUUGGAACUAUACUGAUAAUCUUGUGAGGAAUAUUUAACCUUAAAUUUUCUAAUUCUGAAGAAUUUAAUAUAAGGAUCUCAUUCCUUUCUUGUUGCAACUCCUCAGAAGGUCACUUAAGAUGAAGUGAGGUUUCUUCAAUUAUAAAUAUGUGCUAUAUUAACCAACCUAGAGCACUGCAAACAUCAAUCAGAAAACGAAGGUGAACUUUCCGUCCUUUUCAUAGAAAGGCAAAGUAGAGGGUGGAAAAGCAGGGGGAAAACAUGGAAAAACUAACAUAUUCAACCAAGACACAGAAAAAUGGAGGAUAGUCAAUAAGCAAUCAACAAAACAGAGAAACAUA